GGCUCAAGCAGAUGCUAGCUUGCAGCGACGAAGAGUUUGGACGCAAGGUGUACGCUGCGGAGCGAGGCCUUGUGGAGAGAGAGACAAGCGACAGUGAUGAUAUUAGGGCUUGAGGUGAGAUGGCCUGCCCGUUUGGUGGAGCGACUCACGAGGUGAGCGACAGCAGCCCCAAGUGCCCACUUGGCUACGACACUGCCUCGUUCAAGCUCGGCCCCUUGAGCUGCCUAGUGUGCCGGGCUCUCCUCUUCAAGGCCGCGCGCUGCCUUCCCUGCCGCCAUGUCUUUUGCAGCGCUUGCAUUGCCCGCUUCAGCGACUGCCCCCUGUGUGGUGUCGACAUAAGCGGGCUUGAGGAGGAUGGCGAGCUGCAGAAGCUGGUUGACCAGUUCAUUCAGGGACACGCCAGGGUACGGAGGCAGCAGCAGCAGCAGCAGCAAGAAGAGGGGCCUGUGGUUUACGAGGACGCCAGCCUCGCCAGGGGAAGCUUUCUCCUCCAGCAUGCCAUGCGAGCCUUUCAAGCGCAAAACCUGGAGAGCUCCAAGGCUAGACUGGACCUUUGUGUCGAGGACACGAGGGAGAUGAUGGAGACCAAAGGGGCCUCGGCGGAGGUGUGCUCGCAACAUGGUGCUGUUCUUGGUUUAUUGGGCGACUGCCUGCGAGCCAUGGGAGAUUUGGAUGGCGCGAUGGACAAGUACGCAGAGAGUGUGAGCGUCCUCCAAGCCAUAACUGGCGUCGACGUGAAUGCGGAAAUUGUUCAUGCAUUGUCGGUGUCCCUUAACAAGCUGGGUGAUCUCAAGUACUACGCGGACGAUCUCGAGUGCGCCCUGGCCUUGUACAAGCAGGCGCUACAAGUCCGAGACAGGGCUCAAGCUGGCCGGAACGACUUGUCAGCAGAGAGCAUCGACGUGGUUGUGUCGUUGGCCAAGGUUGCAGAUGUGCAGCGUGCCAUGGGACGAGACAGCGAGGCGGCGGAGGGAUUUGCCGCCGCCAUCACCAGGAUGGAGCACCUCACCUGUCCGCCGUCGCCACGGGAUGAAUCUCUGAAUAAACGGCGGGCUUCCGUUCUCGGCUUCCUCCAUGCCCAGCAGCAGCAGCAGCAGCAGGAGACGAAGGCGAAGAAGAAACAAGCACAAGCUCCUUGAUUCGAAUUUCUCUCAUUUUCAAUAAUAAAUAGCGCGUGUAGUAAAAAGAAAAA